AUGGCUCCCUCAGCUCUCGCAGAUAUCUAUCCAAUCCCAACGAGGCACUACUCCAAGUCCUCGACUGUCGUAGCUUCGGUCUUACAUGGGCCAAGGGAUUUGCGGCUCGAAACUCGUACCAUUACGGAUCCCGCCGCCAAUGAACUCCAGAUCGCUAUCAAGGCCACUGGACUGUGCGGAAGCGAUUGUUCCUACUACAGCAAGUUCUGCAACGGUGAUCUGCAGGCUUGCGAGCCGUUGUCACUAGGCCAUGAGUCUGCUGGGGUUGUGGUUGCCAUCGGCGAGAGUGUUACCGGCUACCAGAUUGGCGAUCGUGUUGCUCUGGAGGUAGGUGUGCCGUGCGACAACUGCAGGUCAUGCCAACGGGGACGCUACAAUCUCUGCCCGAAGAUGAGGUUUCGGAGUAGCGCCAAAUCUGUGCCUCACUUCCAGGGGACGCUUCAGGAACGCAUCAACCAUCCAGCGAAAUGGUGCCACAAACUACCUUCGCAUGUUUCCAUGGAAUCGGCUGCGCUUCUGGAGCCUCUUUCUGUUGCCAUCCAUGCAACAAGAAGAGCCCAGAUCGAGCAGGGUGACACGGCCAUUGUUUUUGGCGCAGGCACAGUCGGCCUUCUGACAGCUGCGAUGGCCAAGGUGUCUGGCGCCACAACCGUUGUCAUCGCAGACAUCGACUAUGGACGAAUCAACUACGCCUUGGCGAACGGCUUCGCCCACAAGGGCUAUAUCGUGACCCCGCAGAAACAUGGCAACGAGACUGCUGAGAAGUUCGCCGUAGCCAAGGAGUUGGCUGCCGAUGUUAUGCAGAUUGCAUCCCAGAACGAGCCAGACUUUGAAGGUGCUGAUGUCACCUUUGACUGCACUGGAAAGGAAAUCUGCAUGCAAGCUGGACUAUACGCGACAAGGCCUGGCGGCAAGCUCAUCAUGGUCGGAAUGGGUACGCCAGUUCAGACACUACCCAUGUCAGCAUCUCAUCUGAAGGAGGUCGACAUCAUUGGCAUCUUCCGCUACGCCAACACCUACCCCACUGGUAUCAAGAUCCUGUCUGCCGGUGUACUUCCGAGUCUUGACAACAUGAUCACUCACAGGUUCCAUGGGUUGACGUCGACAAAGGAAGCUUUCGAGCUCGCCGGCAAGACGGUCGACAAAGACGGCAAGCUUGUUCUCAAAGUCCUCGUCGAGAUGUAA